UUGAACUACAAGAGCACUGCCCCUCUUUUGCGACCCCUUGACCCGGCACGACGGACUUAGAGCAAGAGAUAGAGACAUCUCCUUCAACCGCACAGAAAGGACGGAAACACAAUCAAUCAUGGUCACCGCCGAUAGCGACCGUUUCAAGGGCAUUCGGCGUGAUACACUGCACAACGAGGUGGACGGAUGCUUCGACGACCUUGAGGAGUUCGAAGACCGCAACGAAACAUCUCCGCAAUACCGGGUUACCCACCAGGAGUGUGUGUUGCUUAACCGUGUCCUCUCGGACAAGUCCACGCUCCCAUCGGCCUGCUUCGUGCCGCCGGGUGCUGAAGCAGCGGCACGGAGAGCCUCCUCCUCCUCGCAGAGGCCCAAAGAACCCAGGCCGCUGCCGGAGGACGGCGAGACCGCCGUGGUGCAGCUCGUGCGGCGAAUUACGGGGGCCGUUCAACCGGUACUAAGCAGCCUCACCACUCCUUUGCACGCGCGCAAGAAAGAGAUGGGUGGAACGAUAACAGAGGAGCAAUGCCAGGCCCUGGCCGACUACCUCUCCCCUAGCGUCGGCGGGGGUUACCUGUUGCCGACGGCGUGCUUCGGCCUCCUCAAGCCUCCUGACGAGGAGCAGGCCAAGAUGUACGUCAUGCAAAACGCCGAGAUGUACGUACGCCUCAAGAAGCGACACACCGGAAUGGCAGAGGAGGGCUAUUUCCCCCCCACGAUGUGCUGAGGACACUUCCCGGUGUGGCAGCGCCCACGAGGCCGGGUUUCGAAGCAACCCCCCGCCCCCACCUUCAUGCACGCCGAAAGUGAGGUUGUAUUUUGGGUCUUUCUGUCUAGCUACAGCACGUUCGCGAAUUUAAAGACGUGGGCUCGGUGGUCGAGGACUCGCCCGGUGCCUCUUUCAUGAUUUUGUGUCUUCGCGGUCGUUUCAACUGCGGAAGCUGUUUCCGUGCGUCUUCUUAGGUAGUGCAAGCAGCAAUACGUUGAUGGUGUCAUGUUGAAUGGUGGGGUGUAUAUUAACAAUCGCGCACGAAGAUCGAGGUUGAGGUGCUUCUCCACAGUAGUGUUGUGGCCAUUGUCUUUCCUUUUAUUGGAACAGCAGAUUGUACAACUUUUAUCGUGUCAUGUUAACAAGUGUUAAUUUCCGGUUGUGGUUGGUCGAGGCGCGCGUUGUGUGUAGCCUAUUUGUAUAUCACGUACACUACUGCGAGAGAAAAUGGCGAAAAGAGAUGCGCCGCAGGUCGAUGUUUUUGUCGUGUUUUUGCUUGCUUGCUCUGCAUGAAACAGACUUGUAAAGGGUCGGGGCUGGAACGGGGGGGCGAGGGGGGUUGGCAUCACGGUUCGCGUAACGCAGAAUAAGUGCGAGGUUGCUCUGCAGUAGAAACGUCCAACAUCUGAUCUAGCGACGACAUUGGUCCUUCGAUUUUCUUGCCUUCUUGUGAAAGUCCAAAACGUGCGCGCGUGGAAAGGAAUCUAUGGUGGCAAUUCAAGUUCGGGACCCUGUGUGUGCGGUAGGUAUAGGCGAGCGCAAGUUUCUCGUGUAGGGGAGUGUCGGGAAGGAAGGUGUUCGUGCCAUCGUUCAUUGGCUGCAGACCGUAGCGGCUUGAGCUUUACUUCCCGCGGGAAAUAUCGUACCCCGCAAAGUACUGACCACGUUCUUUCGCGAACGUUCACCCACCUCGCUGGUGUGUCCAUGUACGCGUACCCUGAUUUGACAAAAACGGUAACCUGAGGUCUUUCAUCAC